AUGACAGGAAAAAAUAAAGGGACAACAACGAUUCUUCAGAGCAAAAUAAACCACAAAAUUCUUACGUUUCUCUGCAUAAUACAACAAAAAGCGCUUUGUGCGCAAACAUCUCUGGCCAAAAUAGUUAAGGUCAUGAAUUUGGUAAUCAAGAUUGUUAACAGCAUCCUGUCAAAAGCACUCUACCAUCGUCAGUUUAAAGAAUUCUUAAACGAAAUGGAGACUCAGUAUUCCGACCUCCUCCUUCACAAUAAAGUGCUAUGGCUUUCCAAGGAUAAGGUGUUGAGACGUUUUACUUUGUGCUUCAAUGAACUAAAUAAAUUCCUCAAUGGAAAAGGCAUUGAUCACCCUGAAUUAGAGAACAGAGAAUGGCUGCAAAAAUUUUGCUUUAUGGUGGAUACGACGACGAAAUUAAAUAAGCUGAAUCUAAAACUGCAAGGAAAGGGAAACCCAGCCUAUGUUUUGGUAGAAGAACUGGUUUGUUUCGAAGAAAUAUUAAUUAUUUUGGCAGAAGAUAUUCAGAGCGGUAAAUUACUUCAUUUUCAAUUUCUAAAGCAACAUCGCGAUAAAACCAGUGCAAGUGUUCACUCGAGUUACUUCAGUACAGUUAUUAAAAAACUGAAAGAUGAAUUUGGUGAGAGAUUUCAGCAAUUCAAGGCCAACAAAUCCACUCUAGCAUUCAUAGUAAAUCCUGUUAACACAAAUAGUAACGAAAUCCAAAUCGAGCCAUUUGGAGUUGAUAGUGGAUCUCUAGCAAUGCAAUUGAUCGAUUUAAAAAAGUAA